AUGGCUAAUGAUCACGAAAUCAACGCACCUCUAAUUCAAAGAAAAAGGCACCACAACAACGACCAUGCCGCCGGUUCCCAACCGGAGAACUCACCGGAGGGAGAGAAUUCUCCGAUCGAACAGGUGGCGCUCACGGUUCCGGUCACCGACGAUCCAGCGCUUCCUACCUUCACUUUCCGAACAUGGAUUUUGGGAACUUUAGCUUGUGUUCUUCUCUCAUUCCUCAACCAAUUCUUCGGCUACCGCCGAGAGCCGCUUUCCGUGACGGCGAUCUCGGCGCAGAUCGCGGUGGUGCCGCUGGGACACCUGAUGGCGUCGACGGUGACGAAGCGAGUGUUCUUGAAGGGGAAGAGGUGGGAGUUCACGCUGAAUCCGGGGAAAUUCAACGUGAAGGAGCACGUGCUCAUCACCAUCUUCGCCAAUUCAGGAGCUGCUAGCGUUUACGCUAUUCAUUUCGUGAGCGCCGUCAAAGUGUUUUACCGGAAGGAGAUUUCGAUUUUUGUGGCGUUACUAGUGGUUAUAACGACGCAGGUGUUGGGAUUCGGUUGGGCCGGCGUUUUCCGGCGGUACCUGGUGGAGCCCGCCGCCAUGUGGUGGCCACAAAAUCUCGUGCAGGUCUCGCUUUUCAGACAGAACUUUGGCCUUUCUUCUACGUUUUCUAGUCAAAAAGUUAACACGCACACAUAA